AUGUCUGACAACGUCACCUGGACCAGCAACUUCGACGAGUUCCUUGCCGAACUCGACACCGAGAGCUACGCCAACGACACCAGCUUCAUGGAACUCCUUGAUCCUACUGGUUACUACGACUUCGGCCACGUCGACGAUGGCGCUCUUGGCGCUGCGGACCCCCUGGAUCCCGCUUCAGUCCAAAAUGAUUCGAAGCCCCUGGAGACAGCUUCUACUGCUUCAAUCGAGAGGACUGCGGCAGAAGCGCACCUGACUUGCGCAGAGUGCGGCGAAGUUGUCAAGUACGCAGAGAAUCUGCCCUACCAUGCUAAGUGGAACAACCAUAAGGCAUUUUUGUGCCCAGUCCAAGGAUGUGGUCAGAAAUUCGUGAGCAAUAGAGAGCUUGACGCUCAUCAACGCCGGCCUCAUCUUGAAGGCCACGAGCGCAUUGAAAUGGGGCAUCCGUUCGCUUGUGUUGAGUGUUCGGUCGAGUUCAGGAACAAGUCCAAGCUGCGGGAGCACGCCAACGAAGCACAACACAAUCCCUUUGCUUGUUCCUGUGGCAAGAACUUCGCCCGACUUGAUGUCCUCUACCGACAUCUUGACUCUAUGGGGACCGACAUGCCAAAGUUCCCUUGUCAAUUCUGCAAAAGUCACCGCGGGGAGAACGGUUUUCGAAGAAGAGAUCAUCUCCGACAACAUGUGCGCGGAUACCACAGGUUCGAGGCUGAGGGAAAGAACGAAGACAUCAUGCCCAGCCGUCGUGGGAAGUAUCAGACACCUCCAGUCUGCCAUUUUGCGGAUUGCCCGCACCACCGGAACGAAAAUUUCAAAACACUCAGUCGCGAAGAACAAACCCGCUCCAAACCAUUCGAAACACAGUCGGAAUAUACGAAACACAUGAAGAACGCCCACGACUUCACAGCCUUCCCCUGUACAGUGAGAGGCUGUAGCAAGACUGGCGCAAAGGGUUACGCGAGAGAGAAAGAUCUCAUCAAGCACAGAAAGAAGGACCAUCCUGAGACGGAAACAUACGUUCCAGCAACGCGAGACAUCAGGAUUACUUGCCAGGGGUGUGGUGCCAGCCUGGGACCGAACAGCAUGCGCUACCACCGAUGUAAAGUUUCGCGGCUUUGA